CGUGACAACCACUUUCGUUAACUUCCUUGUUUUGAUUGUUAAUGUCAAUAGAGCCAAACGGAGCGUUAUGAAGUAAUAUAAUAAAAUGAAAUCUCCAUGGACCCUGAUCUUUCUCGGCGCGCUGCUGUGUGCUCCUUCAGCUCGGGCUGUUUCGAAGCCUAAUUUCGUCCUAAUGAUGGUGGAUGAUCUGGGAAUAGGAGACCUUGGAUGCUAUGGAAACACAACUCUGAAGACCCCUCACAUUGACAGGCUGGCAGAGGAUGGAGUGAAGCUGACCCAGCACAUCGCAGCCUCUCCUUUGUGUACACCCAGCAGAGCUGCCUUUCUCACCGGCAGAUACCCCAUCCGAUCAGGAAUGGCCAGUCACGGUCGUGUUGGCGUGUAUAUAAUCUCUGCCGUAUCUGGUGGCCUUCCUAAGGAGGAGAUCACGUUUGCCAAGAUCCUGAAGGAACAAGGCUAUGCAACAGCUCUGAUUGGAAAAUGGCACUUGGGCCUGAAUUGUAUGCACAACACAGAUCACUGCCACCAUCCCAGUGCUCAUGGUUUUGAGCACUUCUACGGCAUCCCCAUGACCAACCUACGAGACUGUCAGCCAAGCCACGGCUCCGUCUUUUACAACGUCCGAAACCACAUUCCCUACAGAGAGCUGGGUGCUGCGCUCGCCGCUCUGCUCCUCCUCCAUGCUAAAGGACUGGUUCUCAUAUCUCGCAGGCUCGUUCUGUGCCUGGGGAUAACGCUGUUUACAACCGUAGCUCUGUUUUUCUUGUGGGUGCUCACGUUCCCCUACUUCAACUGCUUCUUAAUGAGAGGAGACGAAGUGGUGGAGCAGCCAUACGUGUCCGAGAACCUCACGCAGAAGAUGACCAAAGAAGCCAUCGAGUUCCUGGAGAGGAAUUCUGCACGACCGUUCCUGCUCUUCUUCUCCUUCGUACAAGUUCACACAGCUCUCUUCGCUUCUCCUUCCUUCCGUGGUAAAAGCCGGCACGGACUGUACGGAGAUGCGGUCAUGGAAGUGGACUGGAGUGUAGGCCAGAUAAUGAAAUCUCUGGAGCGACUAAAGCUGAAGGAUAAUACACUGGUUUAUUUGACCUCAGAUCAAGGCCCGCACUUAGAGGAGAUCUCCAUCCAUGGCGAGGUGCACAGAGGUUACAACGGCAUAUAUAAAGGAGGGAAAUCAACCAAUUGGGAAGGAGGGAUUCGGGUGCCGGGGAUCCUACACUGGCCGGGAAAAUUACCUGGAGGAAAAGUUAUUGAUGAGGUCACUAGUAACAUGGACCUCUUCCCUAGUGUGGUGAAAUUAGCUGGCGCUAGCAUCCCCAGUGAUAGGGAGAUAGAUGGACGUGACCUCAUGCCAUUGCUGCAGGGACGAGUGCAGCGUUCAGAACAUGAAUUUCUGUUCCAUUACUGCAAUGCCUUUCUGAAUGCUGUGAGGUGGCACCCCGCUAACAGUACCUCAAUAUGGAAAGCCUUUUUCUUCACACCUAAUUUCUACCCUGAAAACUCUACCACCUGUUUCCACACGCACGCGUGCUUCUGCACGGAGGCCUACGUGACCCGACACGACCCUCCGCUGCUGUACGAUCUUUCGAAAGACCCGUCUGAAAUGAACCCGCUAACCCCAGAUACAGAGCCUGACUUCAGCUCUGUGCUGGAGGUGAUCCUGGAGGCGAAGAGGGUGCACACGCAGGGUGUUGAACCCACCGAGAACCAGCUCUCAGCCACACACAUGCUCUGGAAGCCCUGGCUCCAGCCGUGUUGCUCUUCCAUCUAUCAGCUGUGCAAGUGCCAACGAGACUGGCCGAGUGCAGCAAAACAAAUGAGUCAAUAGCUAUAACUGUGUAAUGAUGCCUACUUUGCAUUUUGUGCUGUUUAGAAUACAUAUUUUUGUGUUCCCGAUCUUGGAUUCAUACUUUGUCACGACCCUAAAUGGCAGACAGGAUGUACCUGUCUUUUUUUUUUCUUCUCUUAUUGAUGUGGACUGAUCUUCACCGUGUAAACCCUGGGCUGAAAGAGGCCCAUUCCAGCCUUCCACAAUUGUCAUGUGUAGAAGAAAAAGAUGGCUGUGUAUAUAUCCAGUACAGUCGGUCUGGAUGAUGUAGAGCCACAGAAGGCCAAGAAUGUAAAGCUAAAACAUAGAGCUAAGUACUGUAUGCCAAAUUUAAUCUUAUUCCUAGGACAUUAAUAAUUCUAGAACCCUGAGUCUUGCAUCUUUGUGAAUUCCUGACAAAAUGAAAAUUGGUGAAGAAAAAUCAAGUGUGAAACUCUUUAACCUAAUAAUGAAGUACUCCGAAACCUUAAAAUUCGACACUAAAUAUCACAUGACUAGGAUUUAAUCUGUAAUCCCAUGACUGGACCUCAUAGAGGAAUCAAAAUUAAAAUCCCUUUGCAUGCUGGCAAGUGUUGGAACUUGCAUCCCAGGUUUUUCUGCUGAUCUACUGCACUACUUCAAGCACAGCAGAUGAAAGAGAAGAAAUCUCACUCUGCCUUUGAGUUUGGCUGCUUUAUCAAAGGCAUGUGGAAGCUUCAUUGAUUUCUUUGAGGUGCGCACAGGUGAAAAGAAGAUGCGAGCUCUUCCAUCACGGUGCGCCCAAACCCGUUGCUUUUCACAGUACGGUGAAGCGAUGUGACAAAGGUGAGAAAAGUUAAACUUAAUUCAAAUAUGGAGAGACUUGGUGCAGGGACUACCGGCGGGAGUGGAGUCAGUAGAGCACAUACUCUGUAUAUGAUAUGAUGCAUCUACACACUGAUUUAUUAUACAAACUCAAGCUCUCCGUCCAGAAUGUUUCAUUUGAGCAGCAAGAAAACUGAUUUGUUGUCAAGUGGAAUGCUACUUGCCUGCCCACGGAGAAAUGUUGUUACUAUGGCAACCAUUAGUAGAAAUGCCUACGGGUGACUUCAUUUUACAGCAAAUGGAGACUUGAAGUGAUAAAAUCUCUGCAUUUGUGAAUGCGAAUUGUGAACUUUACUAAUUCCAAAAGACAGAUGAUGGAAGAUGUUAUACAGUAGAUAUGCCUAUAUCAUUGGUGUAAAAUGAGUAUCAUGUCAUACAAACCCUUUGAUGGGCAAAUACAGGUUGAAAAAUCAUGCCAUAUGUAAGACAUUAGACAUUAUUCACUCUAAGAUUCUAAACAUCUCAGGUGUGGAAGAAACUCCCAGGAUGAGACUGAUUCUCUCUGAUCUAGGACGUUCAGAGAACCGCAAUCCACUUAUGACAAGGAGUUGGUUUGAGUCCCAGACUGAGAACUUUCAUUUACCUCUUUAUCAUGCUUAUUGAGAAUUAUCUUGAGCAUGAGGUAAGACGCUGGCAAAGCUGGCUUACUCAAUUACGACCGUAUGCUUGGGAAAGUGGUAAUAGUUUGGCAGUUUGGAGCUAGGGAGCACCUGGCAAUGGAGUAGAUGGUUUAUUUAAAGAGUAGAGUUGCUGAUGCCAACGUCGCUAUACAGCUAUGUUUUCCUUCACUGCUUCGAGCCAGCUGGUCGUGGUCCAUCCGAAGACAGAAAUGCAUCCCGUUCUCAGCGCCUUUAAUUUCUGUCUUCCUUGAACUUCAUUAAAUCAGGAUUUUUGAUAACUGUUGGGGGAAAAAUGCUACUUCCAGUCAAUGGUUAAUAAGAUUGAUGAAGUUUUUGUGUUCGUAUAGUCACAGCGGAAUGACUAAAAUUUACUUUCCUCCAAAUGACUUAACGUGUGGCAAAUAAUUAAAUUAGACUGUUUUUGUAAACACUUUGCUAUAUUAAUUAACAAUUAAGUGCCAAUUGUGGUGCUGCCAGUUUGAUUGAACUCUUUUGUGUUACCUACCCUCAUCAUCAUCAAUGGGUCAUCAAAGUGAUUAACCCCAGUAAAUGUUGUGUUGGAAAAAACCGAACACUCUGUUCUCUUGCAGUGUGAAAUAUGUUUGUUGUUUUGUUAUUUGUUUUCUUCUUUAUUAGUCCGACACAAUAUGAAGUUAACCCCAAAAGGGAAACAAUGACCAAUUUUUUCAUUGUAAUAAUGAUAUGUAAAUAAUUUGCAAGUACCAAUUCAACAGUUUGGCCACACCGUAAUGAUUAGAUGUGAAAUAUUUUUGGAUUAUUGGUGAGUUUGAAAGUAAUAAACUCAGUUUUUUUUAUUUUUUGACCAUGUGGUAACUCUGGCUGGAGCCACAAUGAAAUCACUCAGCACCCGGAUGUGCCAAUCCACUGCAUAUGUGCUGUAGAGAUACUCUCCCUACCCUCAGUCACCUAACCAAUCCUCCAAAUAGAGGUUAACCCACUCCUGAAGGAAUACUGACUAAUCCCAACAAUCCAUACAGUGACUUUUGGAUCUGUCUGAUGACAACAUUUUCUAACAAACUUGGUUGGAUGAACUUGGUUGGAAAGCAAUUUUACUGAAAAUAAAUGAGUCUAAUGUCCAAUUUAUUCCUAAGUUAAUGAACAAGCUUCAUUCAUAUCUGUUCACCUGCACAAAAAUAAACGCUUGCUUCUG